AUGAAAGAAGAGAGUGAAACAGGCGAAGGAAGUGGUGGUAAAGUAGAAGAGCAAGCGGACGAGGAUAUGUAUGCGGAUGAUGCCGAUAUGGCCGGCGUAACAGUUGACAUGGAUUCACGCACACGCAUUACUGUGAGGAAUCUGCGAAUAAGAGAGGAUACAGCGAAAUAUUUGUACAAUUUGGACCCAAAUGGCCCGUACUACGACCCAAAAUCGCGCUCCAUGAGGGAAAAUCCAUUUGCGGUAAGUGGAAUUUUUUUUUUUUGA